AUUUUGGUAAUAAAACACAAUUAAAAAACACUACUUAAAUUAUAUACAUGUCGUCAAUCCACACAUUCUCUCACUCUUUGUUGAAACCUUCCUUCUUGACUCUCUCCUUCAAGCCCUUCCAUGAGCUUCUUCUGUACCAAACCCUGAAAAAAUAUCAUCAUUCUUCCAUGUCUAAUCCUCACAAAAACUCCAUCAUGAAUGGAACUGAUCAUGAAUUCACUACCCACUUGCCCAAAAGGCCUAAACUUUCAGAUCCUUUCAUUUCUCCCCCUGAAAUCCAAUCUGAAUUUUCCCAUCACGCCUCCUCCAUAGCCCGCAUCAACAACGGCAGCUUUGGAUGUUGCCCCCAGUCCGUAAUCUCUGCACAGAAAAGAUGGCAACUGGAUUAUCUUUCUCAGCCUGAUGAUUUUUACUUUAACAAGUUAAAGACUGGAAUUUUGCAGUCCAGACUUGUGAUUGAAGACCUGGUGAAUGCUGACCAUGUUGAUGAAAUCUCCAUUGUUGAUAACGCUACAACUGCGGCGGCUAUUGUUUUGCAGAGUGUUUCAUGGGGGUUUUCUCAGGGGAGGUUUGAGAGAGGGGAUGCUUGUGUGAUGCUUCACUAUGCUUAUGGCGCUGUGAAGAAGUCUGUAGAGGCUUAUGUGACUCGUGCAGGUGGUUUUGUUAUUGAAGUUCAACUUCCUUUUCCGGUUAAUUCUGUUGAUGAAGUUGUUGUUGAGUUUAGGAAGGCUUUAGAAAGAGGGAAAAGUAGUGGGAAAAGAGUUAGAUUAGCUGUGAUUGACCAUGUGACAUCUAUGCCUAGUGUUGUGAUUCCUGUUAAAGAAUUGGUUAAGAUUUGUAGAGAAGAGGGUGUGGAUCAAGUGUUUGUGGAUGCAGCUCAUGGUAUAGGUUGCAUUGAUGUUGAUAUGAAGGAAAUUGGAGCUGAUUUUUAUACUAGUAAUUUGCACAAGUGGUUCUUUUGCCCACCUUCGGUUGCGUUUUUGUAUUGUAGGAAGGCUAAUGAAUGUAACGAUUUGCAUCAUCCUGUGGUGUCUCAUGAAUAUGGAAAUGGGUUGGCUAUAGAGAGUGCUUGGAUUGGUACUAGGGAUUAUAGUGCCCAAUUGGUGGUUCCUCAAGUUUUGGAGUUUAUUAAUAGGUUUGAAGGAGGAAUUGAGGGAAUCAAGAAGAGAAAUCAUGAAGCUGUUGUUGCGAUGGGAGAAAUGUUGGCAAAUGCAUGGGGAACACAUCUUGGAUGCCCCCCAGAGAUGUGUGCAAGCAUGAUCAUGGUUGGAUUUCCUGCUUGUUUGGGGAUUUCAUGUGAAUCAGAUGCACAGAAGUUGAGAACUCACUUGAGGGAUAAGUUUUCUGUGGAAGUACCUAUUUACUAUCGACCACCUAAAGAUGGGGAGAUUGAUUCAGUUACAGGGUAUGCGAGAAUAUCUUAUCAAAUUUACAACAAGCCAGAUGAUUAUUACAAAUUUAGAGAUGCAAUUAACCAACUUGUUCAGGAAGGGUUCACUUGUGCACUUCUCUCAUAGUUAAAGAGGAAGAGGUUUCGAGAAUUCAAGAAGAAGAAACGCAGAAGAGAAAGAUCAAAGGAAGGAAAAUUGACUUCUUGUAACUGCUUUUUUUCAUUUUUUUCCCACCAUUUCUUUACACCUUAAAUCGUCCAAUUACAACUGUAAGCAAAGCAUAAAAGGACGACGUUUACUAAUUGAGCUCACCCUAUAAAAUUUUCCCCCUCUAGUGCAUCUUCAGGAUGUGUCGUGCAAUGAUUCUGCUCAAGGUUAUGUUAUGACAUAACAUCUCCAAUGGUCUUAUUUUAUGUAUGUCUAUGUGGAUCUUUUUUGAAAAACUGUAUGUGAAUGUUGAAAGGCUGGAGGUUUAAUUAAAAAUUUAUUUUCAUGAUUUUUUUAAAUG